AUGGGUCUGGCAAGCAAGCUCGCAGCAGCUCAGGGCGGCGCUCCUCCUGGUGGAGCAUACGGCGGCGCACCCCCUCCAGCUUCAUACCAGCAGCAACAGCAGCAAGGAGCACCGAAGCCAGGUGGCUACUCGGCUGACGUUGACAUGCAAAACAGCCCGGCCAAGCUCAGUACCAAGCCUACCAGCCUCAAGUGA